AUAACUUAAAUUCUUUGUUGCAAUAAAUAUCGCUAAUAACCAAAAAUGAAAGUCUUGGCAAUUCUCAUGUUGUUUGCUAUGGUGGCCCUGGCCUACAGUGUGCCCUGGGCUGGCUACGGUGGCUACGGUCGCUUUGGAUCGGCUUAUGGUUACAAGAUUGCACAUCCACUCUACUCGGUCUCACAUUAUGGCUACGCUCCGGUGCAUGGUUACUUGGGAGGUCAUGGAGGUUAUGGUGGUUAUGGUGGUCAUGGAAUAGGUUAUGGUGGUCAUGGAUAUGGUUAUGGCGGUUACGGAAAGGGAUGGUGUUUGAGUGACCAAUACAUGGAUUACGAGUACGAAAGAAGCCCUUAUCAUGACGAACACCCAGGUCAUGGAUAUUAUCCACUCUAUAGAUAUGGGCAUCAUCCACACUCUGGUUAUGGACAUUAUCCACACCAUGGCGGUUACAAUAGGAAGUGA